AUGCAAGCAGAAUUUGAAGGACAAACAGUAGCAGGUCCCAAUUCCCAUUUGAAAACUCCAAGAUCAAUUAUUAGUGAAGAAGGCAAGGAUAGUCAUCAUCAUCAUCACCAUGGCCAUCACCACCACCAUCAUCACCAUGAGGAAAACCAACCACCUCCACCAGCAGCAGCAGAAUAUGGUACUUUUCAACCACCUCCUCAAUCGGUAGUCGGUUUCCCUCAACCAGUACCUCCACCGGGGGCAUUUGAACCUUCCCCUGAAUACUAUGCUCGUGGUUAUCAGGCUGUUCCAGGCUAUGCGGUUGAUGAGAGGAGACCUGUGAGAGAGCCUCGCCUUCCUUGCUGUGGUAUUGGUCUUGGCUGGUUCUUGUUCAUUACUGGUUUCUUUCUUGCUGCCAUCCCUUGGUAUGUUGCUGCAUUUAUCCUGCUCUGCACUAGAUCAGUUGAUCAUCGAGAGAAACCAGGAUAUGUUACAAGCACCAUUGCUGCUGUUCUCGCCACAAUUGCCAUCGUAUUUGGUUUAACAAGGAUAUAAUUAGAAACUGGUGAUCAACUUGUGUGAAGUACUCAUAAGUACUGUGCUAGGUGGCUUGAUUAAUGCGCGUGAAGAUGUCUGUAAAAAAUUGCAUGUUUUAGAUAUAUGCGUCCUGUAUUUGAUGAAACUAUCCAAAACUCUCAUGUUUCUAUCAGAUGUGCUUAUGAGUUAUGAGACUGACUGAUUCAGACAAGGCAGGAGCAUGCAUUUUGUGCCCGUGGAAAUCAAGUCAUAUUGAGCAAAGAGUCCCUAUUAAUCUACUCUGUUGGCUACAACUCUAGGAAGGAAGAAGUAACUAGUAAUACCAAUUUGUUAGAGUCUAAAUUACCAUUUUACUCUAGAACUAGAAUAGGAGGAUAAGAUAAAAGGUAUGGUGUGCUUCAAUUGUGUCUAAGAAGCACAGUUGAAUGUAUAUAGUAUUACGAACUUGACGUGCCCUUAGGCUAAAACAAGGGAUUCUCAGUGGAAGCAGGCGAAUAUAACAAAAAUAGCAAGACAAAUAAGAGUAAGAGAGACUAGGUUACAGCAGGACAAUGGGGUGUUAUCAUCUGUUUCGACCAGUUUAAUUUUGUACUUGAAAUCCAGAUCGGCUAAGAGAAUGACCAUGUAUCAACAAACAAGUUAUCUUUGAUAAGUUUCAUUUCUUUCCUGUUGAGCGACUGCAUA